UUCUGACUCACAGACAGCACUGAUCUGCACAAUAUUUGGUGCCGGCUGCUGCGAGUCCUAGUCAUCGACAACCAGCUCGCCGGUCUCGAGUCGUGUCCCAAAUGAUGUCCACCAAACGCCACGUGCUUACCAUUUUGAUGUUCGUAGUAAUGUCUCGCCGCCAGCUUGCAUGCGUGGCUUCUCUGGCCGAGUUCCUAUGUCGGUCAUCCCUGGCCAAGCACAACUUCAAAGGACUUGUGAACUUCAGCCCGUCGCAGUCAAGUCGCAUUGACGACAAUUCAUGGCAUGCACGACAACCCCUGUACAUGUGUGCAAAGAGUCGUGUUUAUUUUAGGACAUGA